AUGGCUCUUUGGCGGAUUUUUGGAAGAAGGUUAUUCAGCAAACGUCGUCUUACUAUGGGUGCGAUUGUGGCAAGUUUACCUUUUAUUGGUUAUCUAAUGCUGCUUUCGCCUUCAAGAAGACUUUCCUAUUCAUUUUCGGCCAACGAACAUAAUUCAUUAUCUACAGCCUCAGCAACGAAACAAAUCUGGAAUCAGACGAUAAUGGCCGAAAUUCCAACGACAGGAAGCAUUAACUUGACAACAGCACCGAUGACGGCGGCAGUUACUACUGACAAGGUACAAGUUAUGAAUGUUGUUUCAAGACCACCAGGACGCCUUGAAGUCCACAUGUGGACUGAGAUAUGUGGAACGACGGUCGAAAUGUUAAGGAACUGGCCUCAUUUUCCUUACUUUCCCGACGCACGUUCGUACAUCUCAGAUUUUCAUGAUGUUCACGCACGUGGUUCUAAAAAUAAUGGAGAGAGAGUUUUUGGAUUCAUUCAUCCUGCAGUACACGGUGACUAUAAGUUUGCCAUAUCAUCGGAUGACACAUCUGAGUUAUGGUUGAGUCAAAAUGAGGACCCUGUUUCCAGUGAGAUGAUUGCACGUGUUUAUUCUCCUCGACAGUCGGCGUGGACCGAAGAAGGGGACUACAAAAAAUAUCCAGAACAAAUUUCUAAAGAAUUCACUCUCUUCGCUGGGAAGAAAUAUUACGUCGAGGCUUUAAUGAAGCAAGGUUCUGGCGCCGCUCAUCUAGCGGUGUAUUGGUCCUACAACAAUGCGACAUUUGAAAUAAUAACCUCGAAAUAUUUAUCCACGUAUCCUUACACUCACGAAUCAAUGAUUCCCGUUCAUGCGGGAAAAAGAGACAAUACAUCGUUGCAAAAAAAAUACAGCCUUUACGACUUCAAUCGUCUUCCACUCUUAAACCGGCAAGAGUAUGUUGACUUAUUUACAAGUUGCUCCUAUAAUCCCAGUUUUCUGGUCCGCAAGAAGCUGAAGCGGUACGAAGGCGUGUGGAAUACAAGACGAUCAAACGUUUUUCCCCAAGACAGUACCGACAUGUCAAAUCGUGGACCAAAACACCAGUGGUCUUUUCCUAAUCUGUUGAUAGACGGCAAUGUAGUCCAAUUUGUGGUAGACCGCUUUGUUAACACAUUAAAGUUUGAGAGGUAAGAAGUCGGCCGUAUUUUACAUUUUCACAAAAUAGAAAAAUUCGACAAUUGCACUUAAUAUAAUUGAAGAAAUUUUUGAGAAGUUGAACUUGCGUAAACAAUUGUUUUUGAAUUUUUUUUUUCACACGCUUGUUAAGUAUCUUAUGAAAACAAAAAACUCGGCAUGGCGUCUGCUAUUUUGUGCCACAAAAUACGUUUUGCCGUGGCAAUAUAGUCAUUGGUUUGAUUGAUUGAUUGGAGAAGAUAAAAUCACACUUAGAUGUUAAAUGUGAUAAACAGCCUCGGGUAAACAAAGUUUAACACAGUAAAACCUUACUAAGCCGUUUUCCCAACUCUCUCUGCAUUGUGCCACAUCAUAUAUGUGUGUGAAGAAUUUUAACUCUUUACGUGACUUAAGUCGACCAUUGUCACGUCGAUGUUGGUUCGUGUAUUUCUUGUUUUUAAUAUCCGGGAAGCUCGGCGAUUCAUGUUUCUAGUAUUAUAUAUAAAAAAAAAACAACAACUAAUAAAAAAAAAACGAAAAAAAACGAAGUACACUAGAUAGAUUCCAAAUUUUAUUCAAGUCACAAUUCAAGUCACAAUGAUUCCCUUUCGUGAAGUAGGAUACUUGGGAGCUACGAAAGUAAAAAAGCUGGCUAAACACCGAAGAAGGAAUAUAUUGACCAACUAUGAAUAAUUUUCAUAAAGAAAUGGCACAUCAUUAAGCUUCAUUGUAAACUGAAAUAUUUUCUUGCCCUCGCUGUUGCCGAUGUGAUGUGCUCUCACCGUGAUUAUUCAUUUAGUGAGUGCUUAAAAAAUGAGUGACUCAGAUGAAUUAUGGAUGGACAAUGAUUUUGUUCCAUUCCAAAGCGGUCAAUUUCAAGACUGACAUAUUUUCACCAUUAAUCGUAAAAGAAAUUAAUUGUAAAAAAGAUGCCUUAACUUUAAUAGAAAGAAAUUAACCGUUAGCCGUAAUAUGGCCAAAAUAUUUACUGUUAGCCGUAAAAGCCAUAUCCUCACUGAGACCUCAGUGUUGUGUAGGAGAGAAUUUAAUUUAAAAGCCUAAUUUCCAACUUUGUCAACAUUCGGGGAACAUUUGAGAUCUAAUUAUUGCUGGAAAAGCGGUUUAUCCGUUUGAUAGUUUUAUCUUCCUUUUGAUGAACAGCUCCGCAAUCAUGUGUAGGAAAAAAUUCAGGGAUCUGUCAAGAAAUCUGUCACAGUCACAGUUUGAUUUGGUAUGAUUUAAUGAUUUUCAUGAAUUUUUAAAAAUCGUAGACCAGGUCAUUAUAAUUUAAGAACUUUCCACCUUUGUUAUAAGUGUGAACACGAUCAAUGUGUAUAGAAUGUUUUACUGUUUGAGAGAAAAAGCCAUCGGGCGUCAAAAAAAAAUUUUAUACUUAGUUUGCGAUCUUCAGCGGGUUUGCUUGCCUGUCCUGAAAUAUGCUUUGAUUGGUCAGAAUACAAUUUCAAAAGCCGCUAGAGUUAAAUUGAGUGAUUUCUUUAUUUUUUUUUCUCUGUGGAUUUAAUAACCAACCGCGGCUGAUUAAACUUUGAUUAUACGUUUCUCAAACUUACUUAUAAUUAAGGAGUGACUAUGAAACCUGCAUGAUUUGGAACUAUGAUGUUGCUAUUGUGCUUAGUUCAAAAAACAGACGUCUGCGGCUAUUAAAGAGCAUUUCAUUUCAUAUCAUUGCAUGAUAUUUCACCAAAAACUCGCUUUUUCAUUUAAUGUUUUGUUUGUUCAUCUUAAACACUAGAUAUUUCUGCCUUGAAUAGACGAGCAUGGUAACGGUGGUUUUGACAAAUUAGAGACCUUAGGCAGGACGUGGCAUGGGCGGACAAUAGCACGUGCGUUUUAAAACUUUGUACAUUUCUUAGCCGUUCUCUACAAAAUAACAACGUAAAAUCACCAAACUUUGCCUGGUCCGAGAACGGAAAACCCUAAGCAAAUUAUUUAAGUUUCCAUGCAUUCAAAACUCAAAGCUACUCCCAUAAGUUUUGCUGAAGUUGAAGUGUGGUGCUGUAAGUGAGACGAUAAACACAUCCCACCAUUCACUACUUUCUGACGAAAAACAUAAAAUCCCUUUUUAAAUCGACUUCUUCCUCGGCGUUGCUGUCGUAACUGCUUUAAGCUCUCUAAUUAUCAGCUUUAUUUACGAUAUUUUCAUAUAUAAUAAAGAUAUUUAAGGAGGGAACCCACCUCGCCAAGGCCAUCCUUGGUGGAGCCUUCAGCGGACCCCUUUGGAACCCCAAAGUUCAAAUUGACAGUCCUGAAAUUUCAGGCUGAUGUUUCAUCCAUGCAAAUUUCAGGUUUUACUGAAGAGUCUCAAUGGGGUAAACUGAUGGCCGUAAAACGGCCAAAAAUUUAGCAGUCAGGUGUAAAAAUCGACAAGUUUAAACCAAUAGUCGCGGAAAAAAUCAGCCAAAAAAAAUAUUUGUGGUGAAAACAAUGGAAUGUGUUUAACCGUUAGCCGUAAAGUGGCCUAAUUGAUACUGUUACCUGUAAAAGUCAUCACCCCAAUGAGACCCUAUCUAUGAAUAAUUUUAAUAAACAAGUUAAGUCAUUUAAUUACUACUAACAACUAAUUUCCAUAUCUUUACUAAACUAUCUUGUCACGUUAUGCUUGUCAGGGAUUAUUACUUGAAGAAAAUUCACAAAGUAAUUCAUAAACCAGACCCCAAGAAAGGUGAUCGCUUUUUGUUAAACCUUGAGCUUGGUUCAACGCACAACAAUCAAUCAUAUCGGCUAUCGGAACACGUGUAUCGUACACAGGAGAGUGAAAAAUUGUGUCUUCCUGAGGGAAUGAAGUGGAAUAACAGCGCUAUGGUCUACUUCAUUCUACCUGUCAAGGAUCAAGGCAAAUGGGUGCACCAUUUCAUCAAUGAACUCGCUGCUGCCAGUUUAUUGACAGGAGAUACAAACUUUCACGUUAUAAUCAUCGAUUUUGAAAGUAAAGACAUCGAUAUGGUCAAAGCUUUUAACACACCUCUUCUACAUAGCAGACAUACUAUUAUUUCACUGACUGGUAAAUUCUACAAGACACUUGCUCUUAACAAGGCAGUCGCACAAGUUCCAAAUGCUAAUGAUAUAAUUUUUCUUUAUGAUCUACACAUUGAUGUUCCCCCAGACAUCAUGGACAGCGUCAGAAUGGUAAGUCAUUCGUUUGCAAUUGGCAGUUAUAGCAGUUGAGGAGCUAAAAAGGGGUCUGUGAUGCUGGUCUAUGUGCAAUGCAAGUGCAAGUGCGAGGGAAUGUGUGCAUUUUCAUAUAAUCUUUUUUCUUAGGUCUGGUAAAAAAAGUUGUUAAUGAAACUUGGGUCAGAAAAAAAAGCCUGAGAAAGUGAAUAUUCCAAUCUGAAAAAAGAUGACCACUUUCAAGGCAAAACAUGUAGCAGAAGAGAUUGUCUCACUGAGAGGAUAAAACCGAGCUCAGCAACAGUGAUAUAAACUUGAGAAGCAAGAGAAACAUUACGGUUUUGCUUCCCUUGAAAGUCUGGCAGCCUUAUUUCUGGUAAUUGUUAUAUUUUACAUUUAUUAUCUCUUCUACUUUCCUUAGAACACCAUAGCCGGAAAACUAGCUUAUUUUCCUAUUGUUGGCCGUCUUGAUUGCCAAAGUUCUUCUGUAGACCACAAAGGAUUUUGGCAACUAGAUGGGUAUGGACUUCUUGCUAUUUAUAAAUCAGACUGGGAAAAGUUUGGAGGUGGGUAGUAACUUUAGUUUUUAUUGUUAUAAACGUGAAAAGACCGUUCUCCUAAUGGUACACGACCAAAAAAUCAAAAAUUGAUCAUAUUAAAAAAUAAGAUUUAAAAAUAAAAUCAAAAAAUCUAUACAGCAAAAACUAAAAAUUUCAGGCCAUCGUACCUAAUAUUCCUGGGAACAUGACUUCCUUGUCAUGUUCAUGAUUGAAGACGCUUAAAAAUAUGAUUUGGAGAAUUAUACUAUUCUCUCCUCAGGUAUGAAUGCCGAAGAGUACAAAUUCAAAUGGGGCGGGGAAGACUGGGACCUACUUGAUCGUGUAUUAAUGUUGCCCAUAGAAGUGGAAAGGUUGAGACACCCAGGUCUCUAUCAUCAUUAUCACACCAAGACCAAGAUGUGGAGUUAGACAGCGCCUUGUUGCCAAAAAAAUCAGGAACCUUGAUCAAGCUGUGACAAAGGUGAAGGGUUUGGAACCAAAGAUUCAAUGAACAAAAACAUUCGCUUCCCAAACGUUUUAGAACGCCGUCCAUUUCCUUGCAUUUCCUACGCAAAACAUCGAUGUUAAAUCACCAAAGGAAUACCGAUAGAAAAUCAUUCACAUUUUUAUUUGUAACUCAACUUUAGAUUUACCUGUUGAUGCGGUCUGGCGGCCUCAGAGAUGGAAAACAAAUCAAGUCAUACGCAAAAUUCGGUUUUUGCUAGAAAAUGGAAAUCUCGUAGUCAUUUAAGGGAAUGUAUGACUUUUUUAUCAGGAGAAAACAAUAAGACCAUAGUUUUCUUACGGCUUAGUAUAUUGCUCUUUUUUUUAGGAAUGUUCUAGA